AUGACAAAUAAAACCAAGAUACUCAAUUACAUGAGACCAGCCAUGGCCAUCAUCCCAGAUGUGGCUGAGCCUGAGAGAAGAGUACCAAUAUUAAUUUGAUUUUAGAUCUUAUUUAAAUACAGAGCAUUAUGGACAGCCAUUGCAACUUUGCUAUAUCUGAUAUGCUCUCAAAUUCCACUCUAUGGUAUUUACAAAUCUGCUGCUGGUGAUCCAUUCUAUUGGAUGAGAGUCAUAUUAGCAUCUAAUAGAGGUACUUUGAUGGAAUUAGGUAUCUCACCAAUGGUCACAGCCUCAAUGAUUAUGUAACUCUUGGCAGGUGCCAAAUUAAUUGAUGUUGAUUAAAACGUAAAGGAAGACAAAUAACUGUAUUCAGGAGCCCAAAAAUGUAAUAAACUGUGUCUAUCUUAGUGUUGGGAAUCCUCAUAGCUUUUGGAGAAGCUUUUGCUUAUGUUUGGUCAGGAAUGUAUGGAGAUUUAGACAAAUUGGGAGCAGGAAAUGCUAUCCUAAUCAUAAUCCAAUUAGUCUUCUCAGCAAUCGUAAUGAUCAUGAUCGAUGAAUUACUCUCUAAAGGAUAUGGAAUUGGAAAUUCAGGAACUUCCUUGUUCAUUGCUAUUAAUAUCUGUGAAAACAUCAUGUGGAAAGCAUUCUCUCCAAUUACUCAUAAAACCUAACUUGGACUUGAAUAUGAAGGAGCUGUCAUUGCCCUAUUGCAUGGACUCUUUAUUCAAAGUGACAAAAUUGGUGCCAUCCAAUCAGCCAUUUUAAGAGACUCUUUACCUAAUCUUACUAAUUUGUUGGCUACAGUCCUUGUGUUCUUGAUUGUCAUCUACUUCCAAGGAUUCAAAGUUGAUAUUCCCAUCAAAAAUAAUAAAGUCAGAGGAGGAUUAACUUCAUAUCCCAUUAAGUUGUUUUAUACUUCAAAUAUCCCAAUCAUUUUGUAGACUGCUCUUGUAUCAAAUCUUUAUUUCCUUUCUUAAAUCCUCUAUAGGAACUUCAAGGGAAACUUCUUAAUUCGUUUAUUAGGAUAUUGGUAAGAAUUAGAAAAUGGACAAACAGUCCCAGUUGGUGGUUUAGUCUACUAUGUAUCACCACCAAGAUCUAUUUCAGAAGCUAUUUUUGAUCCAAUUCAUACUAUUUUAUAUACUGCAUUCAUUCUUGGAACUUGUGCAGUCUUCUCCAAAACUUGGAUUGACGUCUCUGGAUCUUCACCAAAAGAUGUAUUUAUCUAUCAUAAUAUUUAGGUUGCCAAAUAAUUGAAAGAAUAAGACAUGUAAAUUGUUGGAUAUAGAGACUCAUCAAUGAAGGAAGUCUUAAAGAGAUAUAUUCCAAUUGCUGCUUCGUUUGGUGGCAUGUGCAUUGGAGCACUUACUAUCUUGGCUGAUUUUCUUGGAGCUAUUGGAUCAGGUAUGUUGUUCUGUCUAUAUUUUAAUAGGAACUGGUAUUUUGCUCUCGGUCACUAUCAUUUAUGGCUAUUUUGAAACGUUGAAAAAGGAAAAAGAAUAGGGUACAUUAGAGUUGUUUUGAUAUUAUAAAUUAUUGUUUUAAGUGCAUCGC